AUGGCAACCCCAUCUCCGCCUCUAACCGUUUUCACAGUCCUCAAUGAAUCCAAGCGCAUAGUCAACGCCCACUCCCGCCACUUCUUAGCCCUCUCAGUCCUCUUCCUCCUCCCUCUCGCUUUCUCCUCCACCGUUUACCCCACCAUCCAGAACCUUCUCGCCGAUCGAGUCACAGACAACCCCAAGCUAUUCCUCGAAAUCUCAACUUUGGACGCCCAACAGCGCGAACCCAUCAUCCCCGCCAAAACCCUUCUCGUCGCCCUUGCUUUCUCCUUCUUCGCCGUCGUCUUCUCUCUCUGCGCCCUCGGGUCGAUCACUUACAGUGUGUUUCACGGAUUCUAUGGCCGGCCGGUCAAGCUCGUCUCCGCCGUCAAAUCCGUCGUCUCCUCCUUCCUUCCCCUGUUGGGUACUGCUCUAAUUUCCCAGAUCCUCGUUUUAUUGGUUUUUAUUCUUUUCGGGCUGUUCGUGUUCUUGGUGGUUCGCAGUGCUGAGCUUAUGGGAUUUGAAAUGGAAUACUAUUCGCCUUAUUUCAUUGGGUUUGUAGCAGUUGUUGUGACUGCUCUGUUUCUGGUUUUGCUCCAUCUUCAAGUAAAUUGGACACUUGCUGGUGUGGUUGUUGUGCUGGAAUCGAAAUGGGGGUUUGAAUCCUUGACUCGAAGUGCGACUUUGAUAAAGGGAAUGAGAGGGGUGGCCUUGUGCUUGCUGAUGUUUUUCGGGUUUUUCGUGGGGGUUUUGGGGUUCUGCAGUUGGGUUUCGGCAUUGGAUUUGAAGGGGGAUACUGAUGGGUGGAAGAGCUGGGCGUUUGUGGUGCAAAUUGUGGUGACUGCGACUUCUCUCGUGCUGCUGAUGCUCUACAAUGCUGCUGCGAAUACGGUGUUGUAUAUGUAUUGCAGGGCUGUGAAUGGUGAGCUUGCCAUGGAAAUUGCUGAGGAGUUUGCUAGGGAGUAUGUGAGCUUGCCCUUCGACAACGGAAAAGUCCCUCAUGUUGUUUCGGUUGCAUAUGCUUGACGAGGAGCUUGAGGUCAGUCAAUCUCCUUUGUGAUGGCUCUGAUUCAGAAUGUCUUAUUAGUGUAGUUUAGUUCAUCAGCGUCGAACUUUAUUUGUAAAGACCUGUAAAUAUAAAUCUUGUUGCCUUA